CCUGACCGCGGGCCCUGCGUCCUUGCCGAGUACCGGGCCUUCAGGGAGAACGUGCUGAAGAACCUGGAUGACAAGGCUUUCAAUAAGCCCAUCUGCGAGGCCCUCUUAAACCAGAAGUUUUUCAAUGGAAUUGGGAAUUACCUCCGCGCUGAGAUCUUGUACAGGUUGAAGAUCCCACCCUUUGAAAAGGCUCGGACUGUGCUGGAGGCCUUGAAGGAGCAGGAGCAGAAUCCUUCCCUGACGCUGAGCAAGAAGCUGAAGCUGAUGCGGGAGAACCUGGAUCUCCUGGAGCUGUGCCACACCGUGCCCAUGGAGGUCAUUGCAACGGAGAAAAACCUCUUGGACCCAGAUAAUUUAGAUAAUUACGCUGCGUUCAAGAACUGGCUGCAGUGUUACUUGGUGCCUGGCAUGAGCUCCCUGCGUGAUCACAAUGGCAGGACCGUGUGGUUCCAGGGAGAGCCUGGCCCCAUGGCUCCCAAAGGGCAGACGCCCCGCAAGAAGCGCGCUCAGCCGAAGGUGGAACCCGAGGCUCCGGCCCCCGAGGUCACCACGCGCACCUUGAGACGGCGCCCCAGGGCUGCAGAGAAACCCCUGAAUUCGGCCGAGGAGGAGGAGGAGGCGGCUGAUGGGCUGAGGAGGGGACGUGCUCGCACAAGGAAGAAAGCAGAUGCUACUCCGGCCUCGUCCGAGCCUGAGGUGCCGGCCAAAGCCAAAAGGAGCCUCCGGGCGUCUGGGCGCAGGGGCAGAGGCGUGGCCCCGGUUGUGUGA